AUAAGUAGUCGACAUUACAUGAUUCAUACACCAAAACAUUUCCAAAAAGAGAAGAAAAGUAGAGAGCCAGGGACGACCUAAAGCAGAACACAGCAGCACAGAGAUGGCUAAUCAGAUGGGCUUACAUGUUGGUUGCUUGCUUCUUGUUGUUGCGGUGACCCUGUUGAAGGGUGCCGCAGCUGAAAAUUACACUGUUGGAGACGAUUUAGGCUGGAACAUUCCUCCAUUGGGCUCUAUAGCCUAUAAAACCUGGGCUAACAAAAAGAGCUUUCAGAUUGGUGAUACAAUAGUAUUUAACUGGACUGGGUCACACACAGUAGCUGAAGUAUCAGAGGCUAAUUACGGGAACUGCACAAAGUCGAAUCCUUUGGCUUUGUAUGAUUCAAGCCCUGUACCAAUUACACUGACGUCCAACUUGACCCGAUACUUCAUAUGCACGGUAGACGAUCACUGCAAAGGUUUGGGACAGAAGGUGACUAUCAAAAUUGGAGGAGAUGAUGAUUGGGGGAACAGCGCUUAUUCUCCCACCCUUAAUAUUGCUGCCUUGUUGUUCUGCAGUGCCAUAGCAGCUUUCUUCUUGAGCUUCUAAUUAAAUCAAAUGUACCAUGUACUGCCUCAUAUAUGUUCUUGUAAUUGGCAGAAUUUGUUGUGUUCAUCCUUUUUGUUUUUGUUUUUGUUUUUUGGUCGAAAGUGUUCAUCCUUUUUGUUAA